AUGGAUGACUACUUCUUCCAUUACUGGGAUAAUUUCCAGUUUCAGGGGAAUGAUGUUUUAUGGUUUGAUGAUGAUCUUCUUCCUAAACAAGCUGCUGUGAGUCAGCGUAGGAGUGAUUUUAUUAGUUAUUCAAAGGAAACCCUUCAAGGAAUUCAAUCGAAACGGGUCGGAAAUCGAGGAAGAAGGCCUAAUGAUCAGAAUGUGCAUAAGAGGAUGAUGGAAAUGUUGAAGAAGAGAUGGGAAUCCGAAAAGGCGGUCGCCGAGUUGGCGGAAGCGGAAAGGGAAAGGAAUCAUAAGCAUAUGAUCAAUGAGAGGAUGAGGAGAGUGAAACAGAGACAAGGUUACGUGGAAUUGCAUAAGUUAUUGCCUCAUGGAACCAAGAGUGAUAAGAAUUCAAUAGUGCAAACAGCAGCUGAGACAAUUGAACAGUUGCAAAGGGGUGAAGAACAGCUUAAAAGAAGGAAAUUAGAGCUGGAGAUGAUGAUGGCCAUGGCUGAUGAAGCAAAUUUGCAAGAACAGAGUAAAAAGCAGGGGAAAAUGGAAGAAGCUAAAAUCAGGUUAAGGGUAGUUUAUCCUUCAUCUGGGAUUGAUUCUUUGUUGGGGGUUAUGAAAUCCCUUAAACAUAUGGACGUAAAAACCAAGUCUUUACAAUCAAGCAUUUCAUCCCAAGAGUUUUCAGCAGUUCUCCAAGUACAAGCCAAGAAAUCAGCAGCAGUGGUAGAAAAGGAAGUGCAGAAAGCUCUGUAUGAAGUUGAGAGGAAAUUUCGAUGCGCUACUUAA